UUUGUUCGCUCUCUGGCCGCUGAGCUCUCCUGGCGCUCGGCAUCUCCCGGCUGAGCUCGGCUCGCCUUGGCAGGGUUCCACGGGGCUCCGCUCCGCUCGGCUUCUCUCGCCUCCGCCCCGUUGGGCUCGGAUCUUCCCGGCUCGGCCCCGCUCGGCUCGGCUCCGCUCGGCUCUACUCGGCUCGGCUCCGCCUCGGGGCGCGCAGGCAGCGGCCGGGUUUACUGGAUCGGCCCCUCCCUCUAUCCCCCUUCUGGCCGUAGAUCCUGUGCGAGGCCCCGACUCGGAGCGGGGAGACCCGGUUAGGGUAGCGGCGUGAAGGGACCGGCACAGCAUCCUUGUUCCCGGGACGCGCGGACCAAGAGGAGGAGAGGGGUGUCGGGUCCUGGUUCCUGCUGGAGCUCCAAGGUGACCAAGGAUGGCAGAAAGGAUGUGAUCUGCCUUUGUCUGCCCUCCUAGCGGCACCACCAUGCAGAAGCCCAGUGGCCUGAAGCCCCCUGGCCGAGGGGGGAAGCACUCCAGUCCGGUGGGCAGGCCGUCCAUCGGGUCUGCUUCAUCUUCUGUGGUGGCAUCGGCCAGUGGCUCCAAAGAAGGGUCUCCCCUGCACAAGCAGGCAUCGGGCCCCUCCUCGGCUGGAGCCACCACCACGGUCUCUGAGAAGCCAGGUCCGAAGGCGGCUGAAGUGGGUGAUGACUUCCUGGGAGACUUUGUGGUGGGCGAGAGGGUGUGGGUGAAUGGCGUGAAGCCAGGCGUGGUGCAGUAUCUAGGUGAGACACAGUUUGCGCCAGGCCAGUGGGCCGGCGUGGUCUUGGACGACCCGGUGGGCAAGAACGAUGGCGCUGUGGGUGGCGUGCGCUACUUCGAGUGUCCGGCUCUACAGGGCAUCUUCACGCGGCCCUCCAAGCUGACCCGCCAGCCCACGGCCGAGGGCUCGGGCAGUGAUGCCCACUCGGUGGAAUCCCUCACCGCCCAGAACCUGUCCCUGCAUUCUGGCACGGCCACGCCCCCACUCACCGGCCGCGUCAUCCCCCUGCGGGAGAGUGUUCUUAACAGCUCCGUGAAGACAGGCAAUGAGUCUGGAUCCAACCUCUCCGACAGUGGUUCUGUGAAACGUGGUGACAAGGACCUCCAUCUGGGAGACCGUGUGCUGGUUGGUGGGACGAAGACCGGUGUGGUACGAUAUGUUGGGGAGACGGACUUUGCCAAAGGCGAGUGGUGUGGUGUGGAGCUGGACGAGCCCCUUGGAAAGAAUGAUGGGGCGGUGGCAGGCACCAGGUACUUCCAGUGCCCACCCAAGUUCGGUCUCUUUGCACCAAUCCACAAGGUCAUCAGAAUUGGCUUCCCUUCUACCAGUCCAGCCAAGGCCAAGAAGACCAAGCGUAUGGCUAUGGGUGUCUCCGCCUUGACACACAGCCCCAGCAGUUCUUCCAUCAGCUCUGUCAGCUCUGUGGCCUCCUCUGUUGGUGGCCGGCCCAGCCGUAGUGGCCUGCUCACAGAGACCUCUUCACGCUAUGCCCGGAAGAUCUCAGGAACGACAGCUCUGCAGGAGGCCCUGAAGGAGAAACAGCAGCACAUUGAACAGCUGCUGGCUGAGCGGGACUUGGAGAGAGCCGAAGUAGCCAAGGCUACCAGCCAUAUCUGUGAGGUGGAGAAGGAAAUUGCCCUGCUGAAGGCACAACAUGAGCAGUAUGUUGCAGAAGCCGAGGAGAAGCUGCAGCGGGCACGGAUGCUGGUGGAAAACGUGAGGAAAGAGAAGGUGGAUCUGUCCAAUCAGCUGGAGGAGGAGAGGAGAAAGGUGGAGGACCUGCAGUUCCGGGUGGAAGAAGAAUCCAUCACCAAAGGAGACUUGGAGACCCAGACCCAGCUGGAGCACGCGCGCAUUGGGGAGCUGGAGCAGAGCCUGCUAUUGGAGAAGGCGCAGGCCGAGCGGCUGCUCAGAGAAUUAGCGGAUAACAGGCUGACCACGGUGGCUGAGAAGUCUCGGGUGCUCCAGCUAGAAGAAGAGCUGAGCCUGCGGCGUGGUGAGAUCGAAGAGCUGCAACACUGUCUCCUCCAGUCAGGCCCACCACCUGCCGACCACCCAGAGGCUGCCGAGACCCUGCGGCUGCGAGAGCGGUUGCUGUCGGCUAGCAAGGAGCACCAGAGAGACAGCACCCUGCUCCAGGACAAGUAUGAGCACAUGCUAAAGACCUACCAGGCGGAGGUGGACAAGCUCCGGGCGGCCAACGAAAAGUAUGCUCAGGAGGUGGCAGACCUCAAGGCCAAGGUCCAGCAGGCCACCACGGAGAACAUGGGCCUCAUGGACAACUGGAAAUCCAAGCUGGACUCGCUGGCCUCCGACCACCAGAAAUCCCUGGAGGACCUGAAGGCCACGCUGAACUCUGGCCCAGGCGCCCAGCAGAAGGAGAUUGGAGAACUGAAGGCCCUGGUGGAGGGCAUCAAAAUGGAGCACCAGCUGGAGUUAGGUAACCUGCAGGCCAAGCACGACUUGGAGACGGCCAUGCGUGAGAAGGAGAAGGAGGGCCUGCGGCAGAAGCUGCAAGAGGCCCAGGAGGAGCUGGCCGGGCUGCAACAACACUGGAGGGAACAGCUAGAGGAGCAGGCCAGCCAGCACCGGCUGGAGCUACAAGAAGCCCAGGACCAAUGUCGUGACGCCCAGCUGCGCGUGCAGGAGCUGGAGAGACUGGAUGUAGAGUACCGCGGCCAGGCUCAGGCCAUCGAGUUCCUCAAAGAACAGAUCUCACUGGCUGAAAAGAAGAUGCUGGAUUACGAGAUGUUACAGAGAGCGGAAGCCCAGAGCAGGCAGGAGGCCGAGCGGCUGCGGGAAAAGCUGCUGGUGGCUGAGAAUAGACUCCAGGCUGUCGAGUCCCUGUGCUCAGCCCAGCACAGCCAUGUGAUCGAGUCCGAUGACCUUUCCGAGGAGAAGAUUCGGAUGAAGGAGACUGUGGAAGGCCUGCAGGACAAGCUGAACAAGAGGGACAAAGAGGUGACAGCCUUGACAUCCCAGAUGGACAUGCUCAGGGCCCAAGUAAGUGCCCUAGAGAACAAGUACAAAUCAGGAGAGAAGAAGAUAGACUCGCUCCUGAAGGAGAAGAGGCGCCUAGAGGCGGAGCUGGAGGCCGUGUCCCGGAAGACCCAUGAUGCCUCUGGCCAGCUGGUUCACAUCAGCCAAGAAUUGCUACGAAAGGAGAGGAGUCUGAAUGAGCUGAGGGUGUUGCUGUUAGAAGCCAAUCGCCACUCCCCAGGGCCCGAGAGAGACCUGAGCCGUGAAGUACACAAAGCCGAAUGGAGGAUAAAGGAACAAAAACUGAAGGACGACAUCCGGGGCCUGCGUGAAAAGUUGACCGGGCUGGACAAGGAGAAGUCUCUGUCAGAGCAGAGACGCUACUCCCUCAUUGACCCAGCUUCAGCACCGGAGCUGCUACGACUGCAGCAUCAGUUGGUGAGCACGGAGGAUGCCCUGCGUGACGCACUGGACCAGGCCCAGCAGGUGGAGAGGCUGGUUGAGGCCCUGAGGGGCUGCUCAGAUAGGACUCAGACCAUCAGCAAUUCCGGUUCUGCCAACGGUAUCCACCAGCCAGACAAGGCCCACAAACAGGAGGACAAACACUGACCCCAAGAGACACCACGAACCGGCCCUACUCACACCAGAAGCCCUGCCAGGCUUCCCAACAGCGCCACCUUCAGGCAGGAGCCAGAACUGUCCCUUUGGAGAUGAGACUGUGUUUGUAACGAUAUUGUCCUCACUGCCGUGGACGCGUCCCACCUGAACCCCCUGCCGGACCAGGAGGCUCCCACAGACACGGCCUUCCACAGAGCACGGUACAGCUGGGCCCAGCCAUGAAGAACCUCUCUUGUCCCAAGCAGCUUCUUGAAUUUGCAGAGGCUGAAGCGAUCCUGUUGGGCCUCUCUUGGCUAUAGCAGGCUGCCUCGAAGGCUUGUCUGGGCACCUGGGUAUUUCCCCCCCCCCUUUCCUUCUGGUGUCCCCAGGUCCCCUGCAAGCCCCUGAGAGAUGGAGCAGGGCCCCUGCUUGGACACAUAACACAGCAAGAAGGGCUUCAGUCUUCAGAAACUAGGGAGGGGAUGCCCGACUCCACGUGCUAAGCCUUUUACACAUUGGUACAAGGUCGCUUGGGCCUCUCUAGCCAGGGAAGAUUUGGGGGUGACAGGCUCCUUAUUCCUCGACACCAAGCUAGUAUGUGUUACCCACCUCCCAUCUGCUGCCCAGAAAGCGUUGAGCAGACAGCUUCAGUAUUAGGUGAGCACGCAAACCCACUCUUCUUACCUUGUCCUCGAGCCGGGACUGGCUUGGGGCUUAGAGCCAAGAACAGGUAGAAAACUCUUUAAACAACGCAGUCAUGACGGCGUUUUGCUGGGUGAGAGGAAUCAAACUGGUUCCCUUUAUUUUCUGGGAACUCCUGCCAUGUUACUCCGAAGACCCCAGCAACCCACAGAGGGCCCUGCUUCUGUCUUCCCAAGGCGGGACCACAUAAGGAUCGGCCCAGGUGGCCUGUGUGAGCACCAUUAGGCACCAGCAGGUGGCGCUCUUGUCCUUAGGGAGGAGCUGAAUUAGCGGCCCCUCAGCCCAACCCCCUGCUUCCCGUUGGCUUUUGAGUAGCACUUGCAGUUAACAGCAGCAGCCUAGAGCCUAGAAUUGACGCUUUAGUGGCCCAACGGCAGAGCCAAAUAUCGCUCUUUCCAGCACAACGGGCAGCUCACGGAUUAGGAAUUAACAGCCAAAGGCUCCCACAGUAGGGACCCAGAAGGGGCUGAGCCCCGCCCUGGAGUGGGCUUGCACCUGGUAGGUGUGCAAGAAGCCAUUUCCCCAUAAGCACUGGCCUUUGACGGGCCCCCUCAGCCUACCCGGUGUGGCCAGCCAGCGGUGGCUCAGCCAUUCCCACCCCUCCCCCUCCCCCCAGUGGAAUUGUGGAAGUGUGGCAAGUCCAUGUUCGGACAAUAAAGCUUGUGAUUGAGGUACAGGA